CCCGUAGUAGUAUGGCAGCGGUGAACUUUGCCCAGACUGUUUAUGUUUCUUUGGGUGUAGGAGGAGUGGUCCGAUGACAGACCAUCAAAUUCCUGUUCUGCUGGCCGAGCUGCAGGACAUGAUCAUGGGGAGCACGUUGGCCAAAUGUGCCGUCACUGACGUGGGCAUCCAGUGGGCCGGCUGGGCUCUGGCCGCAGCUUUCAAAACCGAGAAGUUUUAUGACUUGGCAGGAUCUGGCACAUUUAUACUACUGGCCCAUCUGAGUCGUAUCUGGGGAGGAGCCAGUCAUGUCCGUCAGAAGGUGCAGACUGGGCUGGUGACAGCAUGGGGACUCAGGCUGGGGACAUUCCUCUUCAUGCGAAUCUUGAAGGACGGCCAUGAUCGCAGAUUCAACAAUGUCAGAGACAGCCCAGGGACUUUCUUUGUAUAUUGGACAAUACAAGCUGUGUGGGUAUUUAUGACCCUCCUGCCCACCCUCAUGCUGAACAGCGAGAAGCGAGAUGUCCCUCUGGGAACAAGGGACUACAUCGGCUGGACUGUAUGGGGCCUUGGCUUCGCUGCUGAGGCUAUUGCUGAUCAGCAGAAAUGGGUUUUCAAGAGUGACCCAGAUAAUGCCGGGAAGUUCAUCCAGAGUGGACUCUGGGCCUACAGCAGACAUCCAAACUAUUUUGGAGAGAUCCUGCAGUGGUCAGGCCUGUGGCUCUCAGCCUCAUCAGUGAUGCAGGGUCCCCAGUACCUGAGCGUGGCCUCACCUCUCUUCGUCUGGUUCCUGCUACGUUAUGUCAGUGGCAUCCCCAUCCUGGAGAAGCAGGCCAUGAGGAAGUGGGGAUCUGACCCAGCCUUCCAGAACUACAUCAAGAACACUCCUCUACUCUGGCCAUGGCCUAAAUUUUAAUGCUGACGAACAUUUUCUCUACUCUGACAUCAAUAGUUGCCUCUUACAAAGGUGUACACACUCUAGUCAUUAAAUAUUUUUGAACC